AUGUGUGAACGGAAGGCUGCACACCUACCUGGAAAAAAGCUGCCGGAAUCACUCACUCAUUCGCACAGUGAUCACCUCGACGCCCUUUCCGCGCACUCCAAAGCCCUGUUAGUGGAGAUAAGCGCCGCCCUGCGCUCGGUUUUCUCGCUUUUUCCCGCUUUCCUGGCUCCCCCGGCCGCCCCUGACUCCACACCCCGGGCUCCGAGCCUGUGUUCGGGGAGGGGGGCCGAAGCGGAGUGGCGCUACAAACGGGGGCUCCUGUCCGCUUUACAUGUCCAAAGAGCUCCCCAAAGGCGCCUGUUUCCUUCUCCCCCGCGUCUCCUGCUGUCCCUGGGCUGCGCUCCCGUCCUCUCCGCCGCGCCGGGCGGCCCUUUAUCCCGCGGUUUGUUCGCUGCUGUCCGGGCGCGGUGGCGCCUCUCCUACUCCGCCAUGUUGUGGCUCCGCGGUGGGAAGCGCCGGAUUCCCGGGACGAAGCCCCGCCCACCGGGAUCGGCGCGGUGGCGCGGCGCCAUCUGGUGGUCAAAACCGAUAGCGGGAAAAAAUUUGGAUAACCACCACAGCGCCACCUGGUGGUGGAAACUCAAAGCGGGCCAAUACAAUCGGAUAAAUAAACGGCAACAGCUGAUAACGACACAUAGGCUGCGUCCAAAGCCACAACACAAAGCUUACUAG